AGCCUUCGAGUGUGCGGGGCGGGCUCUCAGUGGUGCGGCCGGCGGGCGGGAGGCGAUGGCGGCCGUCCGGGGCCUGCGAGUGUCGGUGAAGGCUGAGGCCUCGGCGGGGCUGGCCUUGGGGCUCCCGUCGCCUGAGGCGGAGUCCGGUUUGGAGCGUGGCGAGCCGGAGCCCAUGGAGGUGGAGGAGGGCGAGCUGGAGAUGGUGCCGGUGCGGCGCUCGCUGAAAGAACUGAUCCCGGACACAAGCAGAAGAUAUGAAAACAAGGCUGGCAGUUUCAUCACCGGGAUUGAUGUCACCUCCAAGGAAGCAAUUGAAAAGAAAGAACAACGAGCUAAGCGCUUCCAUUUACGAUCAGAAGUAAAUCUUGCCCAAAGAAAUAUCGCCUUGGACCGAGACAUGAUGAAGAAAGCAAUCCCCAAAGUGAGACUGGAGACAAUCUACAUUUGCGGAGUAGAUGAGAUGAGUACCCAGGAUAUCUUUUCCUAUUUUAAAGAAUAUCCUCCGGCUCACAUUGAAUGGUUGGAUGAUACCUCCUGUAAUGUGGUUUGGCUGGAUGAAAUGACAGCCACACGAGCCCUUAUCAAUAUGAGCUCUCUGCCAGACCUGGAUAAGAUAAAAAGCAGGGAUGCCAAUGAGGACAAGUCAUCUGAGAAAAGCAAAAAAGACAAGCAGGAAGACAGUUCAGAUGAUGAGGCUGAAGAAGGAGAAGUUGAAGAUGAAAACUCAAGUGACGUAGAGUUGGAAACAUUAUCUCAGGUAGAAGAAGAGUCUCUGCUAAGAAACGAUCUUCGUCCAGCUAAUAAACUUGCUAAAGGAAAUAAGUUGUUCAUGAGAUUUGCUACAAAAGAUGACAAAAAAGAACUUGGAGCAGCCAGAAGAAGUCAGUAUUACAUGAAAUAUGGGAAUCCAAAUUACGGAGGCAUGAAAGGAAUUCUUAGUAAUUCUUGGAAGCGGAGAUAUCAUUCCCGUCGCAUUCAGCGGGAUGUGAUCAAGAAGAGAGCCAUGAUUGGGGAUGAUGUUGGCUUGACGUCCUAUAAACAUCGACAUUCCGGUAGUUGCCUGCUCAGCUCUUGGGAAAGACUAGUGAAUGUUCCUGAGGAGCCCAUUGAAGAGGAGGAGGAGGAGGAGGAGGAGGAGGACCAGGACAUGGAUGCCGACGACAGGGUGGUAGUGGAGUACCAUGAGGAGCUCCCGGCUCUCAAGCAGACCCGGGAGCGGAGCUCAUCCAGGAGGUCCAGUGCCAGCAGCUCAGACUCCGAUGAAAUGGACUAUGAUCUAGAACUGAAAAUGAUUUCCACUCCUUCACCAAAGAAAAGCAUGAAAAUGACUAUGUACGCCGAUGAAGUGGAAUCUCAGUUGAAAAAUAUUAGGAACUCCAUGAGGUCAGAUACUACAUCAGCAAGCAAUAUCAAACACCGAAUCGGUAACAAAUUGCCACCUGAGAAAUUUGCGGACGUCCGACAUUUAUUAGAUGAAAAACGUCAGCACACACGCCCACGGCCAUCAGGCAGCAGCACUAAAUCAGAUAUUCGCCAGCGGUUGGGAAAAAGGCCACAUUCUCCAGAAAAGGCUUGUAGCCCCGUUGUCCGGAGAGAACCCUUUUCCGAUGUCCACAGUCGGCUCGGUGUUCCCAGGCAGGACAUUAAAGGCCUGUAUUCGGACACCCGGGAGAAGAAGUCAGGUAGCUUAUGGACUCGCUUAGGAUCUGCAUCCAAGACCAAAGAAAAGAACACGAAGAAAGUGGAUCAUAGGGCUCCUGGCACUGAGGAGGAUGACUCCGAGCUGCAGAGGGCAUGGGGGGCUCUGAUUAAGGAGAAAGAACAGUCUCGCCAAAAGAAGAGCCGUUCAUCCAAAGAGCAGAGAACUGAACUUCUCACUAUUGCCUUGGCCCUGACAGCUGUUACCAGCACCCUUUUCCCAAGAAAAGUCAAUUCCCAGGUGCUUAUUGGACAGCCUUCGAGGGGGAAGAUGAGGGAAGCGGCCAGCUCACUCUUCCAGGACCCUAGUGUGGGGCCGAAUCUCACGGACCUGACCUCAGAGGCGCCAGUGCUGCCCAGGUAGAUCCCAGACACAGCGCCGGCCGUGCUUCCGCUCCUCCCGGGGAUGCCUGUUGGGGACCUCUUGUUAGCAAUCGGCUUGCCGUGAAGAUCAAGUUCAGUACUGGGCGAUUUUUAGGAACAAAAACUGUGACUUCUGGAUUUGGGAUGGAUUUUUUUGUGCUAGGGGUGGGGUCAUGGGGUCAAGUUGAACAAUUUCUAAGUCUGUAUUAUGUUUAAAAAAUAUUAAUGAUUUAAGGUUUAAAUUUUUAAUUUUUAUAUGUGAAAAUACUUCCUGUUGGCUAUCAGGGAAGCUCAAGUGGUGUCUAAUGUGCUGUUAAAUAUAUAUUAUAUACUUUGGAAGAAG